AUGUCCACGAAUGCUGCCGAUCUAGAAAAAGGAUUGAACCUCCACAAUGGGGGUGAGGACAAGUCCCAAUCCCGAAACCAGUCCGAAUCAGGGGGCGAAUCCGCAGAGUCAAACAUAGUCGAUUGGGAUGGACCCAACGACCCCAUGAACCCGCACAAUUGGCCAAGGACCAAAAAGAUAGGCAUCGUGGUAGUAAUAGCAAUGAUCACUUUCUUAACGCCUCUUGGAUCCUCCAUGUUCGCCCCUGGUACUGCGGAGGUCAUGAGCGAAUUCAAAACGUCCAACCCAGAACUUGCCUCCUUCGUCGUUUCCGUCUACCUGCUCGGGUACGCCUUCGGCCCCCUAAUCAUUGCACCGCUCUCAGAACUCUAUGGGCGGAUGUCUCUCUACCACGUCUGCAAUAUCCUUUUUAUUGUUUUCAACGUUUCUUGUGCCGUUGCCUCCAGCUUAGACUCGCUUAUUGUCUUCCGUUUCUUUGCUGGCGCAGCAGGUAGCUGCCCCUUGACCCUCGGUGCAGCCUCGCUUGCGGAUAUGAUCAGGCAAGAAAAAAGAGGAGCGGCUAUGGGUGCUUGGGCCCUGGGGCCGCUAGUCGGUCCUGUCGUUGGCCCAAUUGCAGGCGGGUACUUGACCGAGGCGAUGGGGUGGCGGUGGACGUUCUGGAUUCUCGCCAUAGCAUCUGGCGUUAUCUCCAUAAUCGCCUUCCUCUUCUUGAGUGAAUCGUGCCACCCCGUCCUUUUGGAGCGGAAAAGAAAACGCCUUGUCAAAGAAACCGGCAACCACAAUCUCAAGUCCGUCCUUGACCCGGGUAAAACACCCAAACAACUAUUCCUCUUCGCCAUUAUCCGGCCAACAAAAAUGCUCUUCCUAUCUCCUAUCGUGUUUCUCCUCUCUCUCUUCAUGGCCGUCGUCUAUGGCUAUCUUUACCUCCUCUUCACCACCUUCGCGAACGUGUUCGUUGAAAAAUAUAAUUUCUCGACAGGAAGCGUUGGCCUGGCGUUCCUGGGCAUUGGCGUGGGCUCGAUCACGGGCCUCGCAAUCAGCUCAGCAUUCUCAGACACCAUCCUGCAGCGCCUAGCGAAGCGAAAUAACGGCGAGAUGAAGCCCGAAUACAGAAUCCCGCUGAUGAUUCCGGGCGGCCUCUGCGUCCCCAUCGGGCUGUUCUGGUACGGUUGGACGGCUGAGAAGGGCGUUCACUACCUCGCUCCAAUCGUCGGCACAGGUUUUGUCGGUGGGGGCAUGAUCAUAAUAUUCAUGACCGGAUCCACCUACCUUGUCGACGCCUUCACGAUCCACGCCGCCAGCGCCAUGGCGGCCACCACCCUCCUGCGCUCCCUGGGCGGCGCGGUGCUGCCCCUCUGCGGCUUGAAGAUGUACAGCACCCUGGGCCUGGGGUGGGGCAACUCGCUGCUGGGAUUCAUUGCGUUGGCCCUGACGCCAAUUCCUUGGGUCUUCUACCAGUUCGGAGAGCGGAUGCGGACGAGCAAAAGGUUCCAUGUGGAGUUUUAA